UUUUGGAACAGAAAUAAAAAUAAUGUGAAUUAACCAACCACCUAUCAGAAGGCGUGCCAUACUGCAGUACACUUUGUGUGAUAAUUGCGAACACCCGACGCACAAUCAAACAAACCGACCAUUCAUCUUCCACGAUCAGAAAUAGAACAGCCGCUCUAGUAAUCAUCGGAUCACGGGGGUGUUUUUUUCUAAAGUUAUUCCUGCGAAUAAAAUGUGCUAAAGCGAAAUCGUAGCAGCAGCAUUCAAAUCAUCCCUGCGGGAGUACCGUUCCUAGCAGAAGGGGCAAAACCCAGAAAUAAUUUCACCCCACCGACACCGUUCGUAGCGUGGUGGUCGGGGGGACUGGGGGCCCAAGGUACGGAAGUUGAAUCAUAUUUUUAUAACAUCAUUAGCAUCUGUCAUAAGACGAUGAAGAUCAACGAGAAAAAUCUGUGCACGUUCGCAACGACGCCACCGGUUGAUCUGGAGGGAUGGAUGAACAAACGGGGCGAAACGAACAAGAGCUGGCAGCGGCGCUGGUUUGUGCUGAAGGGCAACCUACUGUUCUACUUCGAGAAGCGCACUGAUAAGGAACCGCUCGGCAUGAUCAUCCUUGAGGGUUGUACUGUCGAGCUCGCCGAGGAGAGUGAGCAGUACUGCUUUCAAAUCAUAUUCCAUGGUCCCAACAAUCGGACAUACUACCUCAGCACGGAAUCACAGGCGAACAUGGAGCAGUGGAUGAAAGCGCUUACAUGUGCCGGGUAUGAUUACAUGAAGCUGAUGGUGGCGGAACUCCAGCGCCAGCUAGAUGAAAUUGAGGGCCACUAUAGAGAGAAAACGCCCGACACUGCGCCCAUGCUAGCUCCUCCGAAAGCACCACCAAGACGACAUAAUCCAUUCAACAAACCACUCACCACGGAAUACGCAUCGAAUGCAGAUACCGGCAACGGCGGUGUGGACGAAGGACCGAGGACUAACCCACCUAUACCGCAAACACGUGCUAGCAAGAAAGCACCAGCACCACCCACACCAACCAAACGGCAGCCAUCGACAACGGCAACAUCGUCACCAACGGGGGAACCAACCGUACCGGUGAAAGCGGUCGGUGAACCAGCACCGAAAGUCACCCCGAGCUGUACCGGUAAGAUCGUGACGGAAACGAAGUCGAGCGAUGCGAUUGCAACGAUGGCUGGCGACCGACCGCUCGAACGGGGCGCUGUUGUAUCGUUCUCGUUCGAAACGAUGCACUCGGCGCUCGGUGUGCCGGUUUUGGCCGACCUGAGCAAGUGGAAUGCUAGCCGCCAAGAGGUGGUGCAGAACAACGAGGAAAAGAUGGACGAUAAACGGCCAAUGCCGGAAGCUACUGGAGUGAAGCUCCGGGAGGAGAAGUCGAGUUAGACAGUAGCGAGCAAUGGUGGAAGGGGAAAUCAUUGCUAGUGAUAAUGGCAACCUUGGCGUAAGGUUCCCAGGGAUUGGCGAAGGAUUGCUGUGCAUAGGUUAACGAAGCGCACACAUAUGUUAGACGAUCGUUUUAUACGGUAACAUUAUUCCGUUGGUUUAGCGCAUUUAGCUUUAGGUUGCCUUUCUCUUCCUUCCUUCAACACCCCCCCCUUUUGCGGGUGUUGACAUGCAGACGAACUAGAAGAUGCUCCCUGUCACUUAAACAAAUAAUUGCACAAUUUCUUCGGCUAACAUUCGUAGCUUUAGUGGUAGAUGGGUUAAUUUUACAUACUUAUACAUUUUACAUAUACACUGUUUUGUUGUUAUUUAACGCAUAACUUGACAAUUAACCAUAAUAUUCGCAUUCAAUGUUACACCUUCAUGCUUUAACCUAAUUCGUUUUGUUUUUUGUUUGUAUUGCUUUCUACCGUUUGCUUUGGUUUCUUCAUUACGUUUGUCUGCUAUCGGCUGACGGUGAUGCGUUUAAAGUUAAUUAAUUAUAAAUUCACCGCACAAUCUAACCUUUGAUCACAAAACUUAAUUUAUUUUUUUCUAUUUAUACACAUACACGUACACACGAUUCCACAAUUUUCCUAUUCCUUUUACCUUCGCACAUCCAUACACACCAAACCAGCAGUUAAACGUGCGCGAAAGCGGAAGCCUCUCGAAUCGCACUUAUAGAUUUUAUUGCUUUGCCGAGGCGGGAAUUCUAGAACGUGCCUACCACUGCUAGUAGAACGAUUUUAAGUAGUACCGUUUCGCUAAUGUAAUCAUUAGUAUUAGUAGAAAGGGAACAAAGGUCCAUAUAACAGCGUAAAAAAAAAACAUAAACAUGCCAAAUACUGUAUACCACACUGUUCCCAUAAACGCACACACGCUCACUAACAGGAACCACCGUCGGGGAUGGAUUAAUCGAGGCUGGGCCCAACUUGGGCCUCCAACGAAUGCAAACAGUCCUCACAGUGCUUAGGAUUAACUAUCCCGAAACAUUUCGGUGCAAGGAUGUAUGAGUGUGUGCGUAUUGGUCCUUUUGUGUCAAUUUUACGUCCAGUGACGUGGUGUUUUGGAGGUAGGUGUUGUAAAUCGCAAAUGAAACGUCUUUACUUUAUUUUCCACGCUCCAACCCCUGUGCCAAAUUAAGAAUUAUACAUAUUUAGUCCAGUUUUAAAUUCGAACAAUUCGCGCUAGUUAUUAGUAAUUAAUGGGAUAAUAGGGGGAAUUAAAUUAACAUUAAAAAAAAAGAAAACAAAACACGAGCAAAUUGUUUUUAGUUAAAAUUGUUUCCGUGAGGCGUAAUGAUGCAAUGUAAACAAAAAAGAAUGAGCGAAUCAUUUUUGCCUUACGUUAUUAUUUAUGAUAAAUAAAUCAAAUCUUGUUACUAAAUUAAAGACAAC